AUGCACGGGGUGCCCCAAUCGCAAAUUAUCAUCUUGGCCACGGAAGCGAUGCGACGUGCUCUUAAUGGAGGUGAAAUCCUGGAGGCCAUUGCAGCUGAAACCCAUGGCCUUGGAGUUCAGAUUCUUGAUCCUGCCGUGGAAACUCUAUUUGGUGCCGUGAUGGGGUCGAGAAGCGGCUUCGUUUCCGUUCCCAAUGGCGCACUAUUCCUCGACCUCGGCGGUGGCAGCUUACAGAUGACAUGGGUUGAUACCAGCAAGGAAAAUUACGAAAUCGACGCUGCCAUGGCUGGCCAGAGCCUUCCUUACGGUGCGGCAAAGCUCACAAAGAUUCUUGAGGAGCAGUCGGCUGAGGUUCAGGCCAAGGAGAUUUGCAUGUUGCAGGACGGAAUUGCACGCAUAUAUUCUAACCUAUGUGCCAGAUUCCCUGCCCUUCGGGCCAUCAAGGAAGCUUGCGAUGGGGGGGAAGAUGCAUUUGUCGAUGUGUACAUGUGCGGUGGUGGAUUUCGAGGCUACGGAAGCAUGUUGAUGCACAACGACCCAAUCUCACCCUACCCAAUUCCGUCAACCCAUACUUAUUCUGUCCCCGGCUCUCAGUUCAAGCAACCAACCAAGAUGCGCCAAGUCAACGAGAAGAAUGAUGGAAAGAUUUAUGGCAUGUCAAGAAGACGGCGCCAGCAGUUCCCGGCCAUUGCUACGGUAAUUGACUCGUUUAUCGCCGUCGUGCCCAACAUCCACCGCGUGACCUUCUGUGGUGGCUCAAAUAAGCAGGGUGUCCUCCUCAUGACGAUGCCCAAAGAUGUCCGAGAAAGCAAUCCAUUAGAAGUCUUGGCAAAUGUCACAGAGACAGAGAGGCCAUUGUUUAACGCCAUCCUGGAUUUGCUUUCAGCGUCAGUACCAGGAACUCAAGAUGAGUUGAGCAACAUUCCGACUAUUUUGGCCCCUGGGCUAGGAGCUUUAUUUAUUAGGCAAAUUUGGGCUCGGUCUGGCCACAGUUCUCACGGCAAUAGCUCGAGCGCUCUUCACCAUGCUUUGAUACGUGACCCAGAUUGCCCGGGUCUGACGCAUCUCGCUCGUGCCCUGUUAGCUUUGACAACUUGCGCCAGAUGGGGCAAUGACAUCGGUCUGUGCGACGAAAUGCUCUGGCGAGGUCUCCAAAAAGUGGUUGAAAGUCAUCAUUCAGAUGCCAUGUUCUGGGCUCUGUACAUUGGUGCUGUGGCGAACAUGCUCGCGACCCUGUUUCCCGUCAUGCCCCAAAAUUCGAGCGAACUUUUUUCAGCAGUCAGGCAAGUCAUCUUCAAGUCAACAGUUGGCUCUCUACGAAUUAUGCUAAUUUUGAAUGAUAGAUUUGAUUCGAAGAUUUCCAAAGACAAAGUGGCAUUAACCGUGAACUUGUCUGCGCAAGUCAUUAAACGCGUCAGUCCUGAGGAACUCACUGCCACAAUGAAACAUACUACCAAAGCAAUGGGAAAAGAAGGAAAAUACAAAUUAAAUGUUCAAAUUUCCACCUUGACAUGA